GGAUGAAAGUCCCUUUUUAAAGAAGUCUCAAGAUAAUUUGUUAUCGAAGUAACCCAAAUACCUUCCAGAGAUGGACACGAAAGAUCCGAGCUGUGCGUACGCAUAAAGCUCACCAUCCCAGGACCACAGUGCCCAGGACCUCCAAGCUCAUUUUCCGUGUGACCCGCUGACCCAGAAAUUUAGUUUAAUUUUUUUCUAAUAUUUUCCUUUUUUUUUUAAAUCUUUAAUGGCAUGGCUGGACUAUGCGGUCGCAACGUUCCUCCACAACUUCGUCAUUCCAACCCUGAUCUUGGCUGUCUGUCUCAAGUACGCCCUGCGGGACCACACGACGCGGCGGCUCAAGCUGCGGGCGUGGCUGUCCAACUUCGCGCAGUCGCGCGAGACGGGCGCGAUGCUCGAGGCCAAGGAGAUCCUCUUCGACAAGAUGAAGCACGUCGUGUCUCGGGACGCAAACCUCAGAAACCUCGGGCUCAUCCGCGUGCUCGAGAUCGGUGGCGGCGCGGGCCACAAUUUGGUCUUCUAUCCGAAGAACUGCCAUGUUAUCGCCGUGGACUCUAACCCCUUCGUCGAGUCGUACCUGCGCAAGAAUGUAGCACAACUUCACGUGCUCCUGGAGACAUUCCUGGUGCGGAGCGGCGAUUCGCUAGCCGACGUCCCGACCGGUCACGUGGACGUCGUGGUGACCACUCACGUUCUGUGCGGUGUCGACGACGUCAACCUGGCCCUCAAGGAGAUCGCCAGGGUACUGGUGCCCGGUGGCAAGUUCUUCUACGUGGAGCACAUGCGACAUGACGCCCGGGACUGGCGGCGCUACGUCCAGUUGGUCCUGGACCCCCUGUGGCGGCGCGUGUUUGGCGGUUGCCGGCUCACGCGCGACCUCAAGUCGGCCCUGGAGACAUGCGGGCACUUUGCCUCCGUGUCCCAGUGCAAGAUCUACAGCACCCGCAGCGAGACGGCCGGCGUGCUCCUCAACCCGGUCCUCGUGGGCAUCGCCACCAAGCGUCAGCCGCCGCCGCCCAGGCGCAAGAUUAGGGUCGAGGACGCGUGGACGGACGCGCGCCUCGUGCGUUCGAGGCGAGUGGAAGAGCACUUAUGCGCGUGAGGGCUGGUCCACGUGUUUGCAUUUGAGUGCAACUGAAUGUGUUGCAACUGCCUGCGACUGCUUACGACGGGAGAACAGGCUUUGCUCGUUCGAUUUACCUGCACCAGCCUGCACCUGUGCGGAAGAGGGUAGCACGGUGCGGAAGGGUCGUGUUUCGAGGUGGGCUGCUGUCGUAAAUCGAAUACGGCAGCCGGUGCAGGAAGAUUGAACGCAGCAACUGGCACCAUCUGUCGGGUAGCCCUGGAAACGCUUCUGCUCCGCAAAUAUUGCCCGAUUCUUUGCAUAUAUUGCCCAAC